GCUGACCGAUGCUUCUUCCUUCACUCGGCUUUAGAACACAGAGGGGAGUUUCUGGAUCAACUUGAAACAUUUAGGGAACUUUGAGAGAGUUUAGCAGAGGCCUGCGUGAGAUACGGGGAUGGGAAAAAAAACUGGCAGCAGUUCUCGGUCUCCGGUGGUUAGCCUCAAAAUCUUGAAUCGUCGAAUCGAUUCGUGUAAGCAUAAAUAUUCAACCUCUGACGAAGUGGUGGAGUAUCUCCGCUCUAAUUUCCCUGACUAUGCUCGCCUUAAGCACCAGCCACUGAAGCGACGGGUUGAGCAAAUCCUUCAGUCCAAGAAUACCUCUUUUAUCUUCCAUGACGAUGAUGAUGAUGAUGAUGAUGAAGAUGGGUCUGUUUCCACAUCAGAGGAUGCUAUCUAUGGGCAGAAAGUGAAACCCCCGUUCGACCUUACUAAGUCCAUGCUACGAGCUGAAUACUCCGCCUCCAACAAGAAACCAAAGCCCACUGCUGAAGAGAAGAAUAUAGAAGUCGAGGUAGCCAGCGAAAAGGCAAAAAGCAAGAUGGAUAUGAACCCAGGAAUGAAAAAAGAUGUUAAUACUUCUAGUUGUGGCAGAGUUGUGGAAGGGAAGGGCAAGAUAAGGCCAAGGUUCAGUGAUUUGGGGGGAAUGAGGAGCGUGUUUGAGGAGCUGAUGAUGGAAGUCAUAAUUCCGCUCCACCAUCCGCAGUUGCCACAGUGGCUGGGUGUGAGACCCAUUGCUGGCAUUCUGCUGCAUGGCCCACCUGGCUGCGGCAAGACCAAACUGGCUCAUGCCAUUGCAAACGAGACUGGUGUCCCCUUCUUCCAGAUUUCCGCUACUGAGGUUGUAUCUGGUGUUUCUGGUGCAUCAGAAGAAAAUAUUAGAGAGCUCUUCUCUAAGGCAUACAGGACUGCACCAUCAAUUGUAUUUAUUGAUGAGAUUGAUGCAAUUGCAUCAAAGAGAGAAAAUCUACAGAGGGAGAUGGAGAGACGAAUUGUAACACAAUUGAUAACUUGUAUGGAUGAAUCUCACAGACUUGGUCUACCAAGUGAUAAAGAUCCAAACACAGCAAAGUAUGAUUCUUUACCUGGUUAUGUCCUUGUGAUUGGGGCUACUAAUAGACCUGACGUUCUUGACCCUGCAUUAAGGAGGCCUGGAAGAUUUGACCGUGAGAUUGUUCUAGGUGUUCCGGAUGAGAUUGCAAGGGUUGAGAUUCUCUCUGUGCUGACACGCAACCUUAGACUAAAGGGUUCUUUCGACCUUGUUAAAAUAGCCAGGUCUACACCAGGAUUUGUUGGAGCCGAUUUGGCUGCCCUUGCUAACAAGGCUGGUAAUCUUGCAAUGAAGAGAAUCAUUGAUGCAAGGAAGUCUGAGCUUUCAAGAGAUUAUAUAGGUGAGGAGCAUAAUGGUGAGUGGUGGAGACAGCCAUGGUUGCCUGAAGAGAUGGAGAAGCUAACUAUCUCAAUGGCUGAUUUUGAGGAGGCUGCAAAAAUGGUGCAACCAUCUUCUAGAAGAGAAGGAUUCUCUACUGUACCUAAUGUUAAGUGGGAAGAUGUUGGCGGGCUUGACGGUCUAAGGCAGGAAUUUGAUCGAUAUAUAGUUAGGCGCAUAAAAUUUCCAGAGGACUAUAUGGAAUUUGGAGUUGAUAUGGAGACAGGAUUUUUGCUUUAUGGUCCCCCAGGCUGUGGCAAAACAUUGAUUGCCAAGGCUGUUGCUAAUGAGGCAGGAGCAAAUUUCAUCCACAUCAAGGGCCCUGAACUUCUAAAUAAAUAUGUCGGAGAGAGCGAGUUAGCAGUUCGAACAUUAUUCAGUCGUGCCAGGACAUGUUCCCCGUGCAUACUCUUCUUUGAUGAGGUGGAUGCAUUGACAACAAAACGUGGGAAGGAAGGGGGAUGGGUUGUUGAGCGGCUUUUGAACCAGCUACUCAUAGAAUUGGAUGGUGCAGAGCAACGACGAGGUGUUUUUGUCAUUGGAGCCACUAAUAGAAUUGACGUGAUAGAUCGUGCUGUAUUACGGCCUGGUAGGUUUGGCAAACUUCUUUAUGUUCCACUACCUAGUCCAGAUGAACGGGGUUUGAUCUUAAAAGCACUUGGCCGCAAGAAGCCAAUAGAUUCCAGUUUGGAUUUGAGUGCCAUUGGGAGGACGGAGACUUGUCAAAACUUCAGUGGGGCUGAUCUUACUGCACUGAUUAAUGAAGCUGCAAUGGCUGCUCUAGAAGAGAAACUAACAUCAACUAUGAGCUGUUCAAAUCAAACUCCAUGGAUGAUCAAAAUGAUCCAUUUUGAAUUUGCACUGAAAAAGGUCUCAGCAUCUGUCACUGAGAAGCAAAACCUUUAUUACCAGGCUUUGUCAGAGAAGUAUAAAACAGCAUAAGCAGGAAUGUAGAAGCCAUCAUCAAUUGCUAAUGACCAUGGAAGGAAUACAGGACAAAGAAGCCAUCUUGGUGUGGCAAGUUCAGUGACUGGUCUAAUGACUACAGCGGAUACAAGUCGUAUUUCUGACCAUGUGGUAAAAGUUGGUGCUGAUUAGAAAUGUCUGUUUACCAGACUCAAUUCAUUUAUCCUCUUUUUGGAUGCAAAGGGAGAAUGAUAUAUUCAUAUUGUUUUAUCAUGCUCCUUUUCUGUCCAUGGGGUUUUACCUCUUUUCACUUAAGAUUAUAUUUUUCCUUCUAAAUAUUACCAAGUUCUCAAACCAUCUAGUUCUUUUGUUUUCUUUUUCUUUUUCUGUGCUUUGCCUUUAUAAAGUUCGUAAUCUUUAAACCUUCGCCCUUAUUAACUAACCACUGGACUUUAGCAUGGUGGUAGAAACCAUAAUGCUAGUUAUUUGGCACAAGUUAUAAGAUGUGAUUAACCGUCAUUUUGCAA